AUAUGAACAACUAUCUUUCUGUUUAAAAAAUCAAUUGAAUUACAACUCUUUGAUACUAUUCAACCAAAAAAAAUAAAAAUUAUGUUUAGUACAUGAGAGUUGUGCUCAGAUAUAUUAGAAAGGCUUACCCCUUGCAAGGGGAAAUUGAAAACUUGUUUUUUAAUUUCGAACUUCUCUGCGUUUGAGUUUUCAAGCAAAGAUAUUGGCAAUCGCAGAGGAGGUUUGGGAUCUUGCAGUUGGUAACUGUGUACGGAGGCAAACCCUCACGAAUAACAAGAUAAUGAAAAGUUUGAUCAAUUGAGGAGAAAAGGAAAGGAAAGGAUCUUUUAUAGUCUAGGAUGCCAGCAAUCUGUAUAUGAGUCACAGAUAUUACCUGGAUGAAUUUGAACAAUAUGGGACUGUCUCAUAUUUCUUGCAAGAGACAUUUAACUGCACUACAAAUGAAGCAUACAUACCUUACCCCCUUGUGAGAUGAUAUUGAUCUCAAGAACUGAAAAUGAAUAGCGCUGGAACUUCGGCAUCUUCUUCCAGUGACAGGACUUCCAACAGUCCUUCCGAAUUUCACUUUGAAUUGGCUAUUGGCUAUAUAGAGCAUGUAUUAUCUCCUUUUACUAAUGAGGGUUCGCCCUCUAAAGUUCUGGACAGCAGAAUGAGACUUAGAGAUAUGAUGGCGCCCGUUGCAUCAGAUUUUUCAAAAGUAUGUGAAGGAAUUUCACAAGGUGCGAAGAUGUUUGCUGAUGAGAAAUGUCAUAAAAGCAAUCUUUCCAGCCAAGUUCAUACAUUGGUGUCAGGGUUAUUGAGAGGACUGGGGAAUGCACAUUGGGCUGCUGUGGGGCUUUUAGUAAUAGCUCAUGUUAUAGAAAGAUUGGACAAAAUAUCUACAAAUGAUAGGGAAUGUAUUGACCUCCUCAAAGGCCUGCUUGACCUGGCUAAGUUUAUCAAAAUGGUGAAAGAUAUCAAUGCUGAUUUCCACACAGAUAUUUUAAGAAAAAUGAACGAAGCUGUUCAUUUGAUUUUCAGUGGUGCGAUUUUAUGUCAUUCGUUCAUCAGUUGCAAGAAAAUAUCCAAGUUUGUCUUGACAAAGAAUACUUCCGAAGAACUUUGCUAUCUCCGGGGCAAAGUGGACAGAAUGAAAAUCGAUAUGCUUCUUCAGAUGAAUUUUAUGCUUAUGUCUUCUCUUACUUUGCACAUAUCAAGGCAACAGCAACAUACAGAUGAUGGAAGGUUGCAGCACCAACCCUCCAAUGAUAUCGGUAUAUCUGAACGAACAACUCCGCCAAAGAUCGAGCCCGUACGAAGCCUCUCAACAGGAGCUGAGAAUAUACCUAUUCUUAAUGGAGAAAAUGGCCCCCAACCAGCGAAAAGGCUACCAAGAACGAUUCUGAAAUUUGGGGCAUAUCUAAAAUAUUUUACCAGUGAGCUUACAACAUUGGUUUCACAUAGUUUUCGAGAAUGUCGAAAGCCUAUGCAUACCCAAUCCUUUAAACAACUUUCCUUAGAAACAAGUAUGGUGUUGAACGAUGACCAUUUAUCUAUAAUGGCGACUAGAGAAGAGAUUGGAAGAAAACCAAUAAAGUUUUCUCUCAAGGAUUUGCGGGAAGCAACAAACGAGUUUCGGGAGAUUCUGGACCAGGGAGGGUUUGGCUAUACAUACAGAGGAACUUUGACGGAUGGAAGGCAAGUCGUAGUAAAGAGAUCACGGGAUCAAAGCAGCACACUAGUGGAUGAGUUGUUUGUCAUAGCAAAUCUACGUCAUCCAAACAUUUUGAAUCUGGUGGGAUCUUGCAAUACAGGAAGCGAGUGUCUUCUAGUCUAUGAUUAUAUGCCCAAUGGAAAUCUCUCAAAUUUACUCUUCAAAUCCGAGCAAAGGAUUGACUGGCCCACUAGAAGGAAGAUCAUAGAGGGAGUAAUAAAUGCACUGGUGUAUCUUCACGAGAAUGAAGAACACUGUAUUGUGCACAGAGACAUUAAGCCCACCAACAUUCUACUUGAUGGGCAAUUUAAUGCCAAGGUCUCGGAUUUUGGAAUCGCAAGAAUGCUUCCAAGAAGGAAAUAUAGAGCCCAUGAGGAAGGAGUUUUUGUGAAAAUUGGAGAAGUGUAUGGUGAUACCUAUCAUUCAACGGGGGCAGCUGGAACACUUGGUUACAUAGCCCCUGAGUGUAUAAGGAGUGGUUAUGUCACAAAAAAGGCAGACAUUUACAGUUUUGGGUUGUUAUUAUUGAAUGUGGUUUCUGGCAUAAGAUGUUUAGAACUCGUAAGCAUAAAAGAUGGGAUGCGCAGUCUUAUAGAUCGGGCAUGGAUAUUACAUAAAGAAGAGCGCCUUAGUAAGCUAAUAGACCCUCGAUUACUCAACACCAAAGGUUUUGAUUCAAAAAGUAUAUUUAGAACAAUAUUAGUAGCUCUUUGGUGCAUUCAAAUUGAUCCAUCCAAACGACCAACAGCUUCCAGAGCAUUGGAAAUGCUUACAACAGACGAGAAGAUUCCAAGGCCACAACAGCGAUGAGUUAACCAUGAAGUUGUCUUGUUUGACCAAAAUCCAACUUCUUAAAGGAACCGGAGACCCUGCUACAGCCUAUACUGCUUCUUCUUCUUUUGUUGUGGGAUCAGAGGUUCAGUUUUAAUCUACACAAAAUUUAAAUUGAUUGAUAUAAAGCUAUUUUCAUGGUGAAAUUAUGAAAUACUGUAACAGGUUACAACUUUUUUGUGUGGGCAUACUCUCAUUAGUCUUUUAAAGA